ACUAAUAAUCCAACUCAAGAAACAAACCACUAUAACACAGUUAAAGCAAACUGAAAAACAAAGAAAAACAAUAUGAGACAAGCAGGUGCAUAUUCAAGUUUACUAAGUGGUGGAAUAUCAGGAAGAACAGGUCCACAUUCAUUACCCUUAGCAAGAAUAAAGAAGAUAAUGAAAAACUCUAGUGAAGAUGUGAAGAUGAUAUCAGGUGUAGCUCCCAUUGUUUUCUCAAAAGCUUGUGAGCUUUUCAUUGAGGAGAUUACUAGGAGGUCUUGGAUUAUGGCUAUUGAUGGUAAAAGAAGAACUUUGAAUAAAGAAGAUGUUGCUUCUGCUGUUAUUGCUACUGAUGUUUUCGAUUUUUUGAUCACUUUGGUUUCUGAUUCUGAGAGUGGUUUAGUUGGUUGUGAUGAAACUGAUGACACUCUCAUACAAAUGGAAACUAUUUGAGUUUCAUUAUUUGGCUAUGUAGUUUCUUCGAUUAUAAAUAUAAGAAGCAAAAGUAAAAAAUGUAUUUCAUUACUAUCAAUGUAAGUUAGAUUUUGCAAAGAGAUUA